UGGCUCAAGUCUUCACAACAUAGAUCGAUGAGAUCUGCAAUGGCCGCUGCGGAGCGAAGUUUGCCCCUGCGAGGCUGUCAUGGUUUGGCAGUCCGGGCGCUCCAAGCACACAGGGCGAUUCCACAGGGCCUGGCCUCUGGAGCUAUUCCCCGCCUGGCCUCUGGUGCAGGCGGUUUUGCAGCCCUUGCAGCGGUGCCCCUUUUGAGUGGCACUUCCCAUUUGCACAAGAGAAGACGGAGGCCAGCCGUGUUCCGCUGCGCAGCUAGCCAGGUGGAGACAAAGCUGCCGAAACCGGUUCCGGUGAUCCUGCUGAGCGGCUUUCUCGGCACCGGGAAAACAACGCUGCUGCGACAUUGGUUGGAAACUUCCACCGAUCGGGUAGGCGUGGUGGUGAACGAUGUAGCGGCAGUCAACAUCGAUUCGAAACUAGUCCAACAGAUGACCUACAACCGUGAGGGUGAGGUGAAUGCCAUCCAGCUCCAGAAUGGGUGUGCUUGCUGUUCACUGGGUGAUGAGCUCUUGGUGAGUAUUUAUGAUCUUAUUGAGCUGGGGACCCAGGACAAGCCGUUCAGCAAGAUUGUGGUGGAAUUGAGCGGUGUUGCUGAGCCACAGCGUGUGAAGGAGAAUUUUGACCAGGCAAAAGCUUCAGGGUACUACCUUGCGAACGGUUUCGAACUCAGCAAAGUCGUCACCUUGUUGGAUGCCUCCACAUUUUGCGAGGAGUACAUGGAGUACCAAAACAUCCUGGAGCGGGAUGACCUUGUAGAUGGCGAUGUCGGGGAGAUGGGUGACUGCUCGGUGGUGGAGUUGCUGGUGGAGCAAGCUGAGGCUGCAAACAUCGUAGUUCUCAACAAGACGGACUUGGCCAGCAAGGAGCAAGUGGAGGCUACCAGAGCAGUGGUGAAGGCAAUCAACAAGAAGGCGACCGUUCUGGAGACCAGCUACAGCAAGGUGGCUUUGGACACGGUGCUUGGCGAGGUUGGUCAUGCCAAACAUGAGCAUGGUGGGCACGAGCAUGGAGGCCACGAGGAACAUGGUCAUGACGGUGGUCACAGCCAUGCCAGUGAUUGCAACGAUCCUGAAUGCACAGAUGAAAGUCAUGGUCAUGGACACAGCCACAGCCACGCAGAAGAUUGCAGCGACCCCAACUGCAGCGACGCAAGCCAUGGCCACAGCCACAGCCACGCGGAAGACUGUGAUGACCCCAAUUGCACUGACCCUAGCCAUGGCCACAGCCACAGCCACGGUGGCAAGACAACUGCAGAGGAGCGUUUCGGCAUCGCCUCCUUCACAUACUCCGCGCGGCGACCCUUCAGCGAGAAGCGCUUCACUGAGGCUUUGAAGAAGUGGCCUGUGCCGAAGCACUCGGAUUUGCAGCUAAUGCUGGGAGAUGCAGAUCCUGAUACCGACCAUCCAAUGGCAACAGUGAUCCGCUCCAAAGGCUUCUGUUGGUUGGAGCAAGAGCCAUCCACCAGGAUAUACUGGAGCCAUGCCGGAAAGGACAUGAAGCUGUCCUAUUCCGGCGUUUGGUGGGGAGCCAUGACGGAGCAACAGGUGAAAAUCAUGGAGCGCUUGAGCCCUGGCGAGUACGAGCGCUCCCAACGGGAGGAGUGGGAUGAUGAAUGUGGAGACCGACGGCAAGAGCUUGUCUUCAUUGGCCAAAGGCUGCAAGAAGAAGCUAUCCGCGCUUUGUUGGAUGAGUGCCUCUUGACUGACAAAGAGAUGAAGGCAUACAAGAAGCGGCAGGAGGGGGCUCAGGGCGAGUGGGGUGAGGAGAUGUACCAAGCUGCAGCCAGCCCGGUGUAGGCUGCUUGGCACGGGCUCUCGGGGGUGCAGCUGGUGGAAUGCCGUCCUUUUUGUGGGCCAAGUGCUUUGGACACAACCUGUGUCAGGCUGGCGUGCAACGUUUCGCGCUUAGUGGGGGCCUCGUUUGUCUCGUAUUGCUUGGUGGCAGAGGACCCUAAGCAAGAGACCGUUCCAACAUGCGAGCUGCAUGUUUUGCCAAGAGACCAAAUCAGAAUGGCCGUCGGAAAGCUGGAUAGCAC